AUGAAUAAAAAAGCCGCCACACCUUUCUGCAGAUACCAUGAGAAAAAGCAAACCUUUGCGGACAAUCAUGAGGUUGAACUAGCUGCAUAUGCUACUUCUCUUUUGCGGAAAGAAAAGGAUAUUUAUCAGAGUGUAAAAGCUUUGGAAUCGAAGCCUUUAAAUGGUGCCAAAAUUGCAUCCCGGACUAUUGCAAGAUCACGAAUAUCUUACGGAAAUAAAGGUCCGCAUUCGGAGCAUAAAAAAAAUGCCAAUUCGAAAAUGCUUGUGAAGAAGCCAAGAUUUUUAAAGUUAGUCAAAAACUCGCAUAAAAAUCGAAGGAAAGGUGAAAUAUUGGAUUUUGAGUUUUGCAACAGAAAUACAAGUGAAGGUCUUAGAAUACAACUGGAGAAGAAUAUUUUAAAAGUUCAUGCAACGGCAUUACUACCUCAUUUUAGACAUGAACCCAACGGGAGUCAGCACUUGGAAAAUGAAACUGUUUUUGUGAAAUUAAGCUUUCAGAACCCUUUAGCAAAUGUUAGAGGCGGCUUAGAAGAUAUAAUAGAUAGAAAAGUUAAACAUGAAAGUACAGUGAUUAUUGCAGCUGAUCUUGUUACUAUGGGGUCUAUCGAUAGAGUUAAAGCCUCAAAAAAUAUUAAUAAACGAAUAAGAAAAGUUCAUCGACGUCAUCCCAUUCGUUACGUGUAUGAAGGUUCACGAUUUGAAAAUAAUGAUAUUCCGAGAAUGAGAAGAUAUUUGAGAAUAGGGAGCCUAAGGUCAAAUACUUUAAAUAGAAAAAGAACUCCAUUAUGGCUGUAUAAAGGAUUCCGAAGACCUUAUAACAAACUACCAUUUUAUCGAAGAAAUGAAAGUCCAGAAUUCAGAAACAAAAAUUUUUAUGGACUGAGAAGAUGGAUCAGAGUGGGAAAUGUAAACCCAAAACUUUUAAAUAGAAAACGAACUCCACUGUGGUUCCAUAAAAUAUUCCGAAAACCUUUCAACCGUCUAUCUUUCUCUUAUAGAAAUGAAAGAGCACAUGGUCUAACAGCUGCAGAAAAAGCACUUCAAAUGGCUACAAUGUCCCCAUCAUACGUAGAAAAACAAAUAAUUCAAGAAACCGGAACUGAUUAUAUGGACCUCGUAUUUCAAGAUAGUGCGACAGUUAUAGAUCCUUUAGAGGAAAUCAGAAGUUACACCGAGCAGCUUGUUUACGCCGACCAGUUUGAGCGCUAUUUCACUUGUGAAGCUUUAGGCUAA